CUCCGUGCGCUAAAGCUUGCGAACAGACGACAGCGCCCCAUGCGGUAAAAAGCGGCGUCUCUGGAGUAAGGUUGAGCGGGUCGCCCGAUAGCACGAUAGAGACGGAGCUAAGUAGUUUUCUACGUAGAGGUCUUCUAUCGUCGCGAUUUUGGAUGGCUGGACGUAGCAGUUCACGAACGCCUCGCGGUGUUUACUGCUGCAUUGUUGGUUGCUCAAAUAAUAAGGGGACGCGUCCAGACCUCCAUUUUUAUCGGCUGCCUUCACGUCCGUACGAGAAAGAAAGGAAGCUCCGAUGGAUUCAGGCUAUUCGGCGUCAGAACGAAGACGGGAGCCCUUGGGUACCUCCAAAAGACGCCCGUGUGUGCAGCGACCACUUCGUCGGUGGGGAGAGGAGCGACGUGCAAAAUCACCCUGCGUACGUGCCUACGCUGUUUCCGCAGGCUUACAGGAAACGGGAAACUCCCACACAAAAUCUGCAUCGUUAUGAAAGGCUAACAAAAAGGCAGCGUGUUCAUACGUUGGAGGAUACAGGGCCAUCAGUCCAUAAUGAAGAAACUGAGGAUACGUCUGAGCUACAUGAAGACGACAGUACCACAGCAGAUGCCAGCACAUCAAAAACAAUGGGGACACAAACGGAGGACUCAGAGCUCGAGCUAACAGGGGGCCUUCUGGUGUUCCUUUCAAGCGUGACCAGAGAAGGCGCAAGUGCUCAAGUGACUCAUGCUUGUUUGACAUCUGUUGGCACAAACACGUCAGUGACAGAGAAUUCAGGAGACCCGCCCCAAGCUCCAACUACGAGGUCCAUUGCUACUGGCAGUAGUGAGAGGUGCUCUAUGUUUCAGGGCUACGACAGCAUUUGUGGGACUCCAGAAAUUGUAACAGACCUCUGCGGUGUUACCAUCAACGUCUUUGCACUACUGUUGAGUCUCAUAACACACCUGAGAGUUCGUGAAGUGGAUGUUACACUGCCUAACAAACUCUUAAUUUUCUUGAUGAAGCUCAAGUUAGGUAUAUCGUUUUCAUCAAUAGGCAGCCUUUUUGGUGUUCACAGGACAACAGCAUCCCGUAUCUUCCACUUGAUUUUGGAUGUACUUUCAAAUGCUACAGCAGAUUGGAUAUUUGUCCCGUCAGUGGAGGCCAUAAGACUCUCUAUGCCAAAAUGUUUUUCUGAGCACUAUCCUAAGUGCAAGUUCAUCAUAGAUUGCACAGAAAUCCGAAUGGAAACCCCAGAUACCCCAGAGAGACAGCGUGCAUUUUUUUCGAACUACAAGGGCUGUCAUACAGUGAAGUUUCUUGUGGCAAUUGCACCAAACGGAGCUAUUUGUUUUGUUUCUGAAGGUUAUGGAGGGCGCACAACUGAUUCCUCUGUAACUGUCGACUCUGGAUUUUUAGAACACAUUAGUCCAGGUGAUCAAAUCCUGGCUGACAAAGGUUUUCCAUCAAUAAGGACGGUUGUGGGUGAGAAAAAUGCAUUGUUAAUUAUGCCUCCAUUUUACUCUGGUAAGCAGUUCACAGAAGCUGAGAUGACAGACUGUUACAACAUUGCACAGGUUCGAAUUCACGUGGAGAGAAUGAUCCAACGUAUCAAAAUUUAUAAUAUUCUUAACCAUCGUGUACCAGUAUCACUUGUGCCAAAGCUGUCUGCAAUAUUCAGGAUGUGCUGUGUCCUGGCCAAUUUACAGCCUUCAAUAAUCCGUGCUUCUGGCAGCGAGCAAAAGACCGAUAUUUCCACACAAUAACUAGCUGUGAACCGUAAAACAAUGCUGCACAUAUUAAGAGCCAGCUGGUGGUCAGCAAUCUGUAUAUGUUAGAUACAGCGAAGUACAUUCUGUGAAACAAUCCCAACUUGCAUUGCUGUCUUUAUCACACUGUCUUUAUUACGCAGUUUGUCAUAAAAAUGUUUUGUCAGUGUUUGUAUGUCAAGUCCAGUAAAACUACAAGUAUAAUUGAGUACACAUUUGCAUGGCUUUUGGCAUAUUUAUUUCACAUAAAUAGUGCCUGACAAAGGCAACACAAAGAUUACCGUGGUCAAACAUUGCUUUCACAUAGGGCAGGGAGAUAAGUAGUAAAGUAGAAGUCCCCCAACUUAGGAAUGAGCAUUGACAGCAUACUGUCAUCACGGUUUAACAGCACUGUCACAUUCUGAUGCUUUGAAUAAACAAAAAAGAAACAGGUUCUACAGUUUAGUACAUA